AAGACCUCCCCCAAAAUAAGGCCAAGCACUUAUUUCGAGGGUCAAAAGAAAAUAAGACCCUGUCUUAUUUUCACGGAAACACAGUAUGAACUUUACCUUAAAUUAGUAAGUAAUAGGCAUGGUAAGAGUAAACAAAAAGUAGAAGUCAUUCUGAUACUGAAGAUUUUUCGAUCAGUAGAGUAUAUAUUCAAUAACAUAUUAUGAUGGCUCAUUUAUUUAAAAUGAUAAUACAGUAUACAUUUCCUUAUAAACUCUAUCAGCCUUUCUCAACUGGGGCUCCACAAAACGCUUAAGGUUCUGCAGGAGGUUUCUGAGAAAGAUCUUUAUUAAAAUAGUUUUUGAAAUUUGCAGGCCAUGCAAUACCUGUGUUUGCAGUGGUGUUCAUUUUUACAUGCUACAGUUCAGGUACUGGCCUGUCAGUUUGCUGUUGUUGUAUAAAAUAUGGAUUUAUAAAUUAGAAGUAAAUUAUGUUGUAAAAUUUUUGUGAUUGUUAUUCAUGGGUUCCUUGAAAUCCGAAAAUUAUUUCAAGGGAUCCUUUAAGGUAACAACUUUGAGUAAGACUGCUCUAAGCAAUAAGUCCUUAUGAUACUGGUUUUUGUGAAAACAGGUUUAAAGUGAAAGUGUUGCAUGUGCACUUCUUCACUGAGUGAGAGAUUAUCAGCAGAUAAACAUACCUCACUGAUAAUCUUAAGCAUUUACUGCUACUACAAUGUUAUUAUCUUGUGCAGUUUUCAAACUGAGAUGUUACUUGAAAUAUCACUGGUAUUCCCAUCUGUAAAACAGCCUGAUAGUUUGAUGAAAUUGCUACUGAAAUUUUCUGGCAAUACUUUUUUCAGUAUACUGUGGAUUAAAAAGCUAAAUUAAAUGAUUUAUUCUAACGUAAUCUAUGAAAUUAUGAAAUCCAGUAUAGGAUUUAGAAGUGUAAUCUGAGAUUCUAGAGAGAAGAGAAUUGUAGAAUUACAGAUAUUCUGGGCAAUUAUAGGACAGCUGUUUCCUGUUCUGGCUGUCUUAUAUAUGCUUAGAAAAAUUUGUAAGUUCUAUGAGAAGUCUCUGGUGCCUCAAAUUAGAUAUUUCCUUCUCCCCAAAACCUCACCCCUUAUUUUUAUCUUUCUAUAGUGAAACUUGGGGAACAAUUGUUCUCUAUUUCAUUUGCAGACAAAAGGCAGUUAUAGUUUCUAUGUACAGAAGGAAGCUGAAAUGAUAGCUUUUUUUGUUGCUUUUUAGGCAGAAAGGGACUAUACCUUUGGGUAUAAGGUAAGCGGAGCAGUCUGCCUUCUCUGCUCAGAAGAGCUCAGAGGCCAUUUUCAGCCUACAUCUUCUCCCAUUAAUGAUAUAAAUUGAUAGCAUUAUCUUGGCACUAGAUAAGGGUCAACUGAAUUCAAGAGGGAUGGAUUUGCUCUAUUUGUGCCUAGGUAGAGAUUCUAGGUUGAUUCCUGUUUUGACACUGUUCCCAGGUUCUGCCACUCCUUCUCCUGCAAUGCUUAUCUAAAGUAAGUAGCAGUAUUUAAAGUUAGGCUUGAAAUUUGUUUUCUAACAACAUUUGUUAUUGCAGACGUCUUCUACACCAAUGAAGGAGGUGGAUCAUUUGACCACAUUUCAUGCUUUUAUUUUCUCCAUGAAAUCUGAAGUUCAGAGGAAGUUUGGACAAAACAUUCAAAAGAAAGUUUUUUCUUCAUUUUAUCAACAAGUGGAUUAAUCUUCUUCAUUUUUACUUCUAACAUUGCAAUUGAGAAAAGAGAACAAUUAUUUAUAACUACAUUUUUAGUCUGGGAAUAUUUACUAUUAUCUAAAACAAUUAUACAUUAUGCUGGUCGUUUUAAUUUUUUAUAGAUUAUUGUCUGCAAUCUUUUAAUACAGAUUCUUGACAAUGCAUUGAUUUUUUUUACAUUUUUAACACAACCACCUCAGUGCUUAUUGCUGUAUGAAUAUGAGAUUUAAAGGGGGGUAAAGUGAUUGCUCUCUUAAGCCAUUUCAGAGUACAAACAAAUUGAAAUUCAUAUUAUGGCAGCAAACUAUAAAAGAGUAAUAACAACAGUGAAUUGUUACAGCAGUGCUGUAAUAGAUAACCAGCUUCAAAAUGUUGUGCAUUAUUGCACAGGGACAUGUCAAGUAUUCAGACAAGGAAUUAUGUGCAUAGUGCCCCACCACAGUGUUUCUGCAGAACUACUUAAAGUUUCUACAUCUAAUAUUAGAAAUUCAGAUUUGACCCACAGAUUUUCGAUGCCUGAAAAUUCAAUUGUUUUGCCUGCGGAUGAAGAUUAUCAUCAGCUCCUUCCUAGUAAUCCAAAACUCAAAAAAGUAUCUUGUGUUCAAAGCAGUGGAAGUCUGAAAGAUAUCACUGGAGAAGCCAUAAACCUUGCUAGUGGAAAAAUAAAAGAAUUCUCAUUUGAAAAACUGAGAAAUUCUUCAAAUCAGGCAAACUAUAGAAAAGGAAGAAAAGUUAAGUCAGACCAAUUCAGUAGAAGAUCACUAGAUCUUGACUUGAUUAGUGGACAUUUCAGCAGUGAUGAAAUUUUGUCCCCUCCUAAUGGUGUUCUAAAUAAUAGUUCCCAUGAAAAAAAAUGGCAUGUCAGCAGCCCCUCAGUUAAGGAAAGUGGGAAUUCUGUAGUUCCUUUGCCUAUAGGAACGUUUCCUGAUGACAAUUUUAUAACACAAAUUUUGGAAAAGCACAAACUGGAUGGGUCUUCCAGUGGAGAUAUUAAGAUGUGCUUAGAUAUCUUGUUAAAAUGCUCAGAGGACUUGAAGAAGUGUACAGAUAUAAUAAAGCAAUGCAUUAAGAAUAAAGCAUCAGGAAAUGUCAAUAGUGGAAAUAAUAGUGAGUCCUUGGCCAAUUCUGAAAUAAUCUAUAUGAAUUUAAUGACAAGAUUUUCUUCUUACCUUAAACAAUUGCCUUUUGAAUUUAGACAUCCUGCUGACAUGAUAGAACUGAUUAAUGGUUUGUCUGCUUUGGAGCAAUCUCAUUUCUCCCCAAUGAGCAAUGAGCAACCACCAAGAUAUGAAGAUAUUGUAACUUCUACAUCAUCUGUGGCAAAGCAGGCAUUUCCCUCUAACUUAAAAAUAAUUCAGGAUAAUAAUGAUACAAACUCCUCAACCAAUCUUAUCGAAACCCCCAGUAUAGAUAUUUCUUCAAAUACAUUGCAGAACAAUAUAGAUUCUAGAAAUGAUUCUCAUGUACUACCUCAGUUACAAUUUCUAAAUCCAUCAGACUGUGUUUUUCCCACAGAAUCUCUAUAUAUUGUAGAAGAAUCAGAUGGGAAAAAAGUAAGAGAAAGUGCAUCAAGUGUUCAGAGUAGAACAAUAAGGGGAGAUUCAAAGAGCAGCCAGGAGUGGCUAAAUCCUCCUUUAGAACUUCCUAAAACUUCACAUACACAGCCUCUAUCAAAGGAUGACCUUUCUAUUUCAGCAGAUUCCAUUGAUCAAACCUUUAACUAUAAUGUUCAGAUCUCUAAAGAAGAGCUUAGAAAAAACAAUCAAGAAGAGAUAGAUAAACUUUUGUUGGAUUUGGAGAAUUUUUCACAAAAAAUGGAAAUUACACUGAGAGAAACUACUGUGGAGCAAAGUGAUUCUAGAUUUUUGAAAAAUAGUAGUUUAACCAGUGAGGACAAAGGCAAAGAUUGUUUUCCUGAGGACAAAAGUGUGCCUUCAUCCUUAUCAAAACUUGUAGAAAUCAAUGGUCAUAAAAUGGAUGAAGAUGACAAAACUCUUUUACUGCGUAUUUUGGAGAGUAUUGAAGACUUUGCCCAAGAAUUAGUAGAAUUCCAAUUGGGCAAAGGAAGCUUAUCAAAAGAGAAAGAAGUGAUGCAUAUUCUUCAGGAAACUUUAGCCACGCCUUCCAUCACAGUUGAAAAGCAGAUCUACACAGAUACAGUGAAGAAAAAACCUGCCUCACCAUUAAUUCAGCAGAUGCCAGAGGUUAUCAAGGUCCAAAAUAAGCAAGAGAAAAAACCGGUGACACCAUCUCUAACUCCUGCAAAUUCAACAGUCAGUCCACAGUCUCUACAGGCUACAAAUAAAGAAACUAUUGGUGCUCCCUUGUCCAUAAACAUUCCAACUUUCUAUUUUCCCUAUGGACUUCCGAAUAUCUGCAAUAAUCCUGAUGAAAUUAUUAUCAAAGUUGAAGCAGCCUUUUCAGAGUUUGAAGAUAAGAAAGUUCCCUAUAAUGAAAUGGGGAACAUUAUAAAAAUAUGUGGCUGUCCCCUAUACUGGAAAGCUCCCAUGUUCAACGCAUCUGGAGGAGAGCAGACAGGAUUUGUAUCUGUACAUUCAUUUGUGGCCAUGUGGAGAAAGUGAGCACAGUGUAAAAAUAUUCUCUUAAAACAGGGAUCUCCAACUUAUUUGUGCGCUAGGUAUUUAUAAUUUUGAAGCAUGUCCAGGGUACUCCUGUUAGUUGCCAUGAUAUGCAAUUAGUAUGUAUGUAUUUAAGAGUGUAUGAAAUUCAUUCUUUCUACUUCCUUUUCUGUUUUAUCUGGUGUUUGUUUAACGGGAUUCCCUAACCUAUCCUGAUGAGGUUUCCUAAACCAUCCCUCAUCUCCUCCUGCCUUUAUGCUGAGAUUCUUUCACUUUCCCUGUUGGGAUGUUCAAUCUUUCCUGUCAGUCCUCCUGCUGGGAUUCUGCAUUUGAGCACUGCUUUCCCCAACUCUCUCAAUAACCUUUUCCAAUCCAGCCACUCCCUCUCCCAGACCUACAUUCCAUUCACCCACCACCUACGUACUAUGCUUUUAACAUCUACUUCCCAUGGGUUUCUAAUCUCAUUGUUAUUUUCUCUGCCUGGGAAAACAGCAGUGUUUUCCAGCACUGUCUUCUUUAAGGGGAAGUCCAUGUUGUUUGAAAGUGGUUUAAGGUCAACAGAUACCCCUUUUACAUCCGUUGAUUUCAUAAAGCUAAACUCAUGUAGAAGAAAAUAUAAUUCGGUGAGGACUUUGCACAUUUCAGAGGGGAAAAUGUUUAUUCCCACUUCACAAAUUAAGGGAAAGAAGUUUGGUCUAGUGGUUAAUGUACCAGCCUAGAAAGCAGGAGAUUGUGAAUUCAUGUCCCACCUUAGUCAUGAAAGCCAGCCAGGUGAUUUUUGGACUGGUCCCUCUCUGUCAGCUUAACUCAUCUCACAGGAUUGUUUCUGUGAGGAAAAAAGGAGGAGGAAGAUGUGUUGGACAUGUUUGCUGCCUUGAAUUAUUUGUAUAUUCAAUAAGGACAGGAUGCAAAUAAAUAGAUGGAAUUGCUAUCUCCUUUUUGGAUUCACAUUAUAUCUGUUUUCUGUAUGCAAAGCAAAAUCUGGGUGAUUGUUAUAAGAGGAAGCUGUAAUAUUAGUAAAUGAGAGAUGGUUCUAAAAUAGCGAGAUGAAAGUUCCCAUCAGUGGGAGAACAAAAUGUUUGUAAUGUCUGUAAAGCUGUACGUGCAAAAGAAGAUACAUUUUUUUCUAGUUCAGAUAAAGCAGCAUGAAAUUAGAGGCGAGGGCACUAUCGAACAUGGAAAGCUAUGUUUUUGUUCCCUGGAGAUAUUACUUGAUCAAUCUAGGGCAUGUAGGGCAAAGAAAAAUGAUUUUACUUUUUUAAGUGAAACAGAUUUUAACAUAUCAGAAAUAAUAACUGUUUACAGGUAGUCUUCAUUUAGCAACUGCCAUGGACAGCAACCAUUCACAGUUAUUGGUAGAUGAUUUAUCCUUCCAUAGCAGACAAUUCCUACAGGGUUUUUUAAAACAUUGUUUUGAUGAUUGUUCCAGUUUUUUAGUGAUUUUAGUAGCGUUAUAAUUUAUCAUUUUUAAGUUGUUUUAUUAUAUACUAGCUGUACCCGGCCACGCAUUGCUGUGGCCCAGUCUGGGCGUAAUGGGGCGGCGGGUGGGUGCUGCCAUUGGUCAGGACUCGGGGCUGCUGGGCUGGGCAAGGCUGUUUGGGGGAGACGGCGCCGGGGCUGUCGGCCUCGUGGAAGUUGUUGGGCAUCUCCUCGGAGGAGCUGCGCUUGGGCUCCCCCAAGUUGGUGGCCCGGGAGAGUGAGACGUCCAGGAUCU